CGUGUUCGGGGCUCGGUCGCUGUGGCAGAGCGGAGUUUCCUGACACUGGGAGGCGGGCAGGCAGGGGGGAAAUACAACAAAAAUGGGAAACUCUUGUCGAAAGCGGCUGCGUUUCUUUUAACCGUGUUCCCCCCUCACCCCCUUCGCUGUCCCCGCAUCUCAAACUGAUGGAUUAACAGGCUACGAUAAACAACUUGCCAAAAAAAAAGCAAAGGAAAGUGUGUGGGCAUGUAAGAGAAAAUAAAUUGUGAGGUUAUAGGGAAAUAAAAGUGGGAUUUAGGACUUAUGUAACUACUCCACUGGGAAGCAGCAUUGACCUGAACACCAAAAGACCUCCUUCUGUUUUAUGGUUUUCAGAAUAAUUUGGAAAAGUGGUUGUGAUUUAGAAGCCACUUAAUGGAAAAGCUUGAAACAUUUAGAUGAGACCGACAGAUCAUGCAGUCAACAGGGCAUCGAUUCCGGGAUGUUGACCACCAUCCUUUGCUGAGCUCUGAAGAUGACUUUGAAUGCUCGUCUGCCAAUGUGGAACCAGUGGGUCGAAUCUGGUUUAUUAACGAUGCAUGUGGAUUGAUUUGCGCUGUCAUAACUUGGCUCCUGGUUUUAUAUGCAGACUUUGUUGUGACUUUUGUAAUGCUGCUGCCUCCCAAGAACUACUGGUACUCGCUGAUAAAUGGCAUUGUUUUUAACUGUCUGGCAGUGCUGGCUCUUUCAUCCCACCUGAGAGCAAUGUUGACAGAUCCAGGUGCGGUGCCAAAAGGCAACGCCACAAAAGAGUAUAUGGAGAAUCUGCAGCUGAAACCAGGGGAGGUAAUCUAUAAGUGCCCAAAAUGUUGCAGUAUUAAGCCAGAGCGAGCUCAUCAUUGCAGUAUUUGUAAAAGGUGCAUACGGAAGAUGGACCACCAUUGUCCUUGGGUGAACAACUGUGUUGGAGAAAAUAACCAAAAAUUCUUUGUGCUCUUUACUAUGUACGUAGCACUGAUUUCAGUCCAUGCGCUGAUACUAUGUGGCUUUCAGUUUUUCUUCUGUAUCAGAGCACAGUGGAGUGAAUGCAGUGGUUUUUCACCUCCUGUUACUGUGAUCCUAAUCAUCUUUUUGUGCCUUGAGGCAUUUCUGUUUCUUACAUUCACAUCGGUAAUGUUUGGCACACAGCUUCACUCAAUAUGCAAUGAUGAGACGGAAAUUGAACGAUUAAAAAAUGAAAAGCCUACAUGGGAAAGGAAACUACGAUGGGAGGGAAUGAAGAAUGUUUUUGGAGGGCAGCCUUCAUUUCUAUGGAUUAAUCCUUUCUCAGGCAUUAGAAUAAGGCGACUCCUUCCCAGACCAAUGAAGGGUGGACCAGAAUUUGCAGUUUGAAUCUAAGGAAGAACUUUUCUGCAAAAGUAAACUUUCUAAUAUUAAAAUUAGCACAAGACUUUGUUCCUUUCUACUGUCUGCCUAUAUGGUACUAUGGAUUAAAUAACUGCUGCCUGUUAAAAUUGCACAUAGUAACCUAAUUAUGAGCAAAUCUAGUGAAGUCUGGAACUAGCAAACUGACAGAGAAUUCCAUCGGCUGUCAUAAAAAUGGAUUGCAAAGAUUAAACUGCAGCUUUGAAUGGACAGUUACAUGUCCUGACCCUCUACUGUACAAACCAUUGCAUAGUUUUUCAUUUUGUAGUAUUGCAUCAAUGUACUAUUUGUGGCAUAAUCACAAACAAAUUGGAUGUAUGUUGAUUUAGUGACAUUGCUUAAGAAUGUUUUUAGCAUAAAAAUUGUAAUCCAUUCUACUUAAUUCAUUUAGCAUCCAUCAACAAUAAUUUUCAGGUUCUAUAUUUACCAUUUGUUACAUGAGAUAAAACACAGUUGACAUUGAAUAAUUUCUUUAUCUGUUUUUAUAUUUUUUAUAUAUAUAAAAAGGAAGGGGAAACUUUAUUUUUUCAGUUCAUAUGUAUUUGUUUUUUAGUUUCAGGAAAGUUUAAUUCCCUUUGACUGUGGUAUGGGUGUGCACUGUUAUUUUAAAAUAAUUCAAAGUUUACCUUGAACAUAAUCACAUUUUCACUUUUAUUUAUUGCUUUGUUAAAAUACACAGACAGAUGAAUUGUAAGUAAGAUUGUUGGUUAUUUCUGAAAUUGAUAUGAACUAUCUUCAUUACAAAUCGUCUCACAUAGUUAAUGUAGAAUGAAUGUUUAGUGUAUGGAACAGAAUAAAAAGUCAAUGUUUUUAAUUCUCUGAAACAUCAACCUUAGUUGAAAACAACAUAGAUGCAAUGACUUAAUUUUGUUAUUGCUGAUCCUUACUAUUCAUUUACAGUUCAACCUUGAUAAGAGUUAGCAGAUUUUUUGUGAUCUAAUGGAUGAAAUCUGUUUUCUGGAAUCUUGAUCAGCAAAAGGUAUGAUCCUAUCUACCGGCAGGCUGUGUGUUAAUUUUUUAGAUGUUCCAAAUUCCUUUCACUCUCAAACAAAACUAUCAGACUUUAUCUGGAGGUAAAAUAAUAUUAAAGUUUGAUUUCUGCUACUAAGGUGAAGCAUUUAUUAUAUAAACUACUCCCCAUAUGAUAUGAUGUAUUGAAAAAGUAUAUGGAGGUGCUAGCAUUACACUAACAGAAUGUAGUGGCACAGUUUGAGCAUUAAAUGUCAAUUGAACGUCAA